UAUACCACCCCCAGUCUUCCCCGCCUGGGAAAAACCCUAGUUCACAGCCGCAGCAGCAGCAGCAGCAGCUAAGGUUUAGUGGUGCUUAGGAAGUGGUUGCUACAAUGUCUCCAGCUAGAGCUGAUGCUUCCAAAAAGCCUGAUGCAAAGGCACAAGCCCAGAAGGCUGCCAGGGCUGUGAAAUCAGGGCCAACAUUUAAGAAAACAAAGAAGAUCCGUACAAAGGUUACAUUUCACCGUCCCCGGACAUUGAAAAAGGAGAGAAACCCCAAGUAUCCACGCAUCAGUGCAACUCCUAGAAAUAAGUUGGACCACUAUCAGAUUCUGAAGUACCCACUUACUACUGAGUCUGCAAUGAAAAAGAUUGAGGACAACAAUACCCUGGUGUUCAUUGUUGACAUUCGUGCUGACAAGAAGAAAAUCAAAGCUGCAGUCAAGAAGAUGUAUGACAUUCAGACCAAGAAAGUGAACACUUUGAUCAGGCCUGAUGGAACUAAGAAGGCAUAUGUCAGGCUGACUCCUGAUUAUGAUGCAUUGGAUGUGGCAAACAAGAUUGGCAUCAUAUAAAUUUAUGGUUUUGUAGUUAUUUGAUUUGAUGAGCAAAGUACUGUUGACAGUUUUGUUAGGAGCAAUGCAGUCGGAUAGUACUCCAAUGUUAUGUUUAUUUUUUUUCAAUAUAUGCUGAGAACUGUUUUCCUGUUA